AUGGAAACGACAAUAUACACAACAGGUACCUCUGCAUCUCCGGUAACUUCAACAACAGAGGAGCAGAAUACAUCAUCUAUGACUGAGUUUACAACUGAAACAAUAUCAGCUACUGUAGUACCAACCACAAGCCAACAGAUACAAACCAGUCCUGAUAGUUUCCCCACAAUAACAGAAUCAAAACCCUUCACAACAGAAGAGUCCACUGGGACAACAACCACAUCGGAAUCUUCUACGAUGGCAACGACAAUAUACACAACAGGUACCUCUGCAUCUCCGGUAACUUCAAUAACAGAAGAGCAGACUACAUCAUCUAUGACUGAGUUUACAACAGAAACUUCAGCUACUGUAGAACUAACCACAAGCCAACAGACACAAACCAAUCCUGGUAGUUCCCCCACAAUACCAGAAUCAACACCCUUCACAACAGAAGAGUCCACUAGGACUACAAUCACAUCAGAAUCUUCUACAAUGGAAACGACAAUAUACACAACAGGUACCUCUGCAUCUCCAGUAACUUCAACAACAGAGGAGCAGAAUACAUCAUCUAUGACUGAGUUUACAACUGAAACAAUAUCAGCUACUGUAGAACUAACCACAAGCCAACCGAUACAAACCAGUCCUUAUAGUUCCCCCACAAUAACAGAAUCAACACCCUUCACAACAGAAGAGUCCACUGGGACUACAACCACAUCGGAAUCUUCUACAAUGGAAACGACAGUGUACACAACCGGUAACUCUCCAUCUCCGGUAACUUCAACAACAGAAGAGCAGAUUACAUCAUCUAUGACUGAGUUCACAACAGAAACUUCAGCUACUGUAGAACUAACCAAAAGCCAACAGACACAAACCAAUCCUGAUAGUUCCCCCACAAAACCAGAAUCAACACCCUUCACAACAGAAGAGUCCACUGGGACUACAACCACAUCUGAAUCUUCUACAAUGGAAACUACAGUAUACACAACAGGUACCUCUCCAUCUCCGGUAACUUCAACAACAGAAGAGCAGAAUACAUCAUCUAUGACUGAGUUUACAACUGAAACAAUAUCAGCUACUGUAGUACCAACCACAAGCCAACAGAUACAAACCAGUCCUGAUAGUUCCCCCACAAUAACAGAAUCAACACCCUUCACAACAGAAGAGUCCACAGGGACUACAAUCACAUCGGAAUCUUCUACAAUGGAAACACAAUACACAACAGGUACCUCUCCAUCUCCGGUAACAUCAACAACAGAAGAGCAGACUACAUCAUCUAUGACUGAGUUUACAACAGAAACUUCAGCUACUGUAAAACUAACCACAAGCCAACAGACACAAACCAAUCCUGUUAGUUCCCCCACAAUACCAGAAUCAACACCCUUCACAUCAGAAGAGUCCACUGGGACUACAACCACAUCGGAAUCUUCUACAAUGGAAACACUAUACACAACAGGUACCUCUGCAUCUCCGGUAACUUCAACAACAGAGGAGCAGAAUACAUCAUCUAUGACUGAGUUUACAACCGAAACAAUAUCAGCUAUUGUAAAACUAACCACAAGCCAACAGACACAAACCAAUCCUGAUAGUUCCCCCACAAUACCAGAAUCAACACCCUUCACAACAGAAGAGUCCACUGGGACUACAAUCACAUCGGAAUCUUCUACGAUGGAAACGACAAUAUACACAACAGGUACCUCUCCAUCUCCGGUUACUUCAACAACAGAAGAGCAAAAUACAUCAUCUAUGACUGAGUUUACAACUGAAACAAUAUCAGCUACUGUAGUACCAACCACAAGCCAACCGAUACAAACCAGUCCUGAUAGUUCCCCCACAAUAACAGAAUCAACACCCUUCACAACAGAAGAGUCCACUGGGACUACAAUCACAUCGGAAUCUUCUACAAUGGAAACUACAGUAUACACAACCGGUAACUCUCCAUCUCCGGUAACUUCAACAACAGAAGAGCAGAAUUCAUCAUCUAUGACUGAGUUUACAACAGAAACUUCAGCUACUGUAGAACUAACCAAAAGCCAACAGACACAAACCAAUCCUGAUAGUUCCCCCACAAUAACAGAAUCAACACCCUUCACAACAGAAGAGUCCACUGGGACUACAAUCACAUCAGAAUCUUCUACAAUGGAAACUACAAUAUACACAACAGGUACCUCUCCAUCUCCGGUAACUUCAACAACAGAAGAGCAGACUACAUCAUCUAUGACUGAGUUUACAACAGAAACUUCAGCUACUGUAGAACUAACCAAAAGCCAACAGACACAAACCAAUCCUGAUAGUUCCCCCACAAAACCAGAAUCAACACCCUUCACAACAGAAGAGUCCACUGGGACUACAAUCACAUCGGAAUCUUCUACAAUGGAAACUACAGUGUACACAACCGGUAACUCUCCAUCUCCGGUAACUUCAACAACAGAAGAGCAGACUACAUCAUCUAUGACUGAGUUCACAACAGAAACUUCAGCUACUGUAGAACUAACCAAAAGCCAACAGACACAAACCAAUCCUGGUAGUUCCCCCACAAUACCAGAAUCAACACCCUUCACAACAGAAGAGUCCACUGGGACUACAAUCACAUCGGAAUCUUCUACAAUGGAAACGACAAUAUACACAACAGGUACCUCUCCAUCUCCAGUAACUUCAACAACAGAGGAGCAGAAUACAUCAUCUAUGACUGAGUUUACAACUGAAACAAUAUCAGCUACUGUAGUACCAACCACAAGCCAGCAGACACAAACCAGUCCUGAUAGUUCCCCCACAAUAACAGAAUCAACACCCUUCACAACAGAAGAGUCCACUGGGACUACAAUCACAUCGGAAUCUUCUACGAUGGAAACUACAAUAAACACAACAGGUACCUCUCCAUCUCCGGUUACUUCAACAACAGAAGAGCAGAAUACAUCAUCUAUGACUGAGUUUACAACAGAAACAAUAUCAGCUACUGUAGGACUAACCACAAGCCAACAGACACCAACCAGUCCUGAUAGUUCCCCCACAAUACCAGAAUCAACAUCCUUCACAACAGAAGAGUCCACUGGGACUACAAUCACAUCGAAAUCUUCUACAAUGGAAACACUAUACACAACCGGUACCUCUCCAUCUCCGGUUUCUUCAACAACAGCAGAGCAGAAUACAUCAUCUAUGACUGAGUUUACAACUGAAACAAUAUCAGCUACUGUACUCCUUCACUGGCUCCGGGCCUUCAUCGCCAUCAGCGGCCACAUCUGCGCCAUUCAAUAG